AUGGAGAAACACAACAGUGUCGUCUACGAAGUCCACUACAAGACAUGGAACAUCGCUAUGCGCGUCGUGGACCCGAACACUCAACAAGAAGUUUAUACUCUCACCAGCGGCGGUGCUCUCGGCAACGACACACAGAUCGUCAACUCACGAAAUCAAGUUGUUGGGAACGGUCGUGCAUCACACUGGAAGACCGGCAUCAAGAUGGAGAUGCGAGAAACCGACGGCCACAGCACAAUACCAGGCACGUUUGAAACGAAGACUGGCAAAGCCCUAGGAUUCGGCUCACCAAGUUUUGUAUCGCCUGCUUUUGGGGGCCAGAAGAUGACAUGGAAGAACAAGGCCAUGUCAACGAAGAUUCACUAUACCCUCAUUGACGAGCGCGGAGUCGCCCUAGCGCAGUUCCAGAGUGCUGGUAUGAAAUGGAAGACGGUCGGCCACCUCGAGAUCAUGACCGGCGACGUGCCUAUGGGAGACCCGCAAAUCGCAGAGAUUGUCAGUACAGUGUUGACGCUGACUUACCGGAAGCUGGUCGCGAACAACAUUGCGGCUAUCUCCUAA